UGUUUCACUGCGGCUCUGUUCAGACUACAACUGAGGCUGAAACGAUAGGCUCUGCCAGACUUCACUGAACUACUCUGAUUUGUUCUGCUCAACUAACGCGAGCUAAAAUCCGCCUAACCACGACUACUUAACUAAGUUACCGUUACUCUGGGUGUGCAGCUGCAGGAUGGACAUGUCCAGCAGGCUCGUGGUUUGGCACCAGCUGGCUGAGAGCUGUGGUCUCAGCACAGUCCAACAGGGUCUGCAGCAGGUCUGGAGGCUGCUGCUGCUCUGCCUUUUCUGCAGACUUUGCUUCAGACUGGUGGGCGUAUCCACUGUGAAGCAUGUAGUGUCAGCGUUGGCUGGUAUGUACAGCCUCAUCCUCUUCUUUGAGUCGCACAUGCUGUGGGUGCUGUUGCUCUGUGCGCUCUGUUACCUGGUUCUGCUGCUCAGUCGAGACUCCAGCGCCAAAGGCCUCUUCCUCUCACUUGUCAUCCUCAUCUACCUCCUCAUUGGAGAGUUGCAUUUAAUUGACAUGGUGACCUGGCAUAAAAUAAGAGGCUCUCAGAUGGUGGUGGCCAUGAAGGCCAUCUCUCUGGCCUUUGACCUGGACAGAGGAGCAGUUGGCAGCCUGCCCUCCCCCGCCGAGUUCCUGGGCUACGUUCUCUUCGUGGGCACCGUUGUCUUCGGCCCUUGGAUCACCUUCUCCAGUUACAAGAACGCCAUUGAAGGCAGAAAGCUGAGCUGGUCGUGGCUGCUGAACUCCUCCAUCUGCCUUCUGAAGAGUCAGAUCUGUUUGCUGGUAUCCACCUGCGUCGCCCCUUACCUCUUCCCUUUGUUCAUCCCCAUCCAUGGAAACACAGUCACGCAGAAGUGGCUGCGUGCUUAUGAGAAUGCAGUGUCCUUCCACUUCAGCAACUACUUUGUGGGUCACCUCAGUGAAGGCACCAGCAUGCUGGCAGGAGCAGGAUUCACUGAAGAAAAGGAUCACAUCAGGUGGGACAUGAGUGUGGUGAAGCCUCUCAGCGUGGAGAUGCCUCGCUCCAUGGUGUUGGUGGUGACAUCUUGGAACAUCCCCAUGUCCCGAUGGCUGAAAACAUAUGUCUUUAAAAAUGCCAUGAAGCUGGGGACUUUUCCAGCCAUCCUGGUGACAUACACCGCCAGCGCCUUACUGCAUGGUCUGAGUUUUCACCUGGGAGCUGUUCUGCUCUCUUUGGGAUUCAUCACAUAUGUUGAACACGUUCUGAGGAAGAAGCUUGCAUCCAUCUUCAGUGCCUGUAUCCUGUCCAGGCCCUGUAACUCAGGCUGCAGCCAUCAACACAAGAAGGGGUAUUGGGUGAUGGUGCUGAACCUGGGUUUCAGCCUCCUGGCCAUCUUCCACCUCACCUACCUGGGCUCCAUGUUUGAUCCUGGAGUUGAUGAACAGGAAGUAGAAGAGGGCUACACUGCCAUCCACACCAUCCAGAGGUGGUCUGAACUGAGCUGGGCGAGCCACUGGGUUGUGUUUGCCUGCUGGGUCUUCUACCGGUUAAUUCAGUGACAGUGGAGCAGAUGGGACGGGUUUGUAUCGGUGGAUAUCAGGGUGUUUCUAUCAGAUGGGAGUGAAGCAUGAGGACCUGAAGUGGGAAACGACUUGUUGUGAGAGGCAGGCUAAAGUAAGUUCUCACAGGCAGAGACAGGGACACUUUGGAUGUGAGGACAAAGUUAAUGUAGAAACGUCCUCUGACCGGUUUGGAACUGUGACCAAUCUGCUGAGGAGAGAUGCCGAAUGCAGGGUGAGAGGAUCAUUUCAGAACAUAUUGAGAUGAACUGCAGAAAAGCAUCAGUCUGCAAAUUUCAGUGUAUUGAAAAUAUGACCAGAACACUCAGCAUUUACUUUGGCCUGCAGACAGCUGUUUGCAGAAAGGUACAUGUAUUGGGUCAGCUCGACCUUUUAAUGGUACUGUUGUAAAGUUGGUGUUGGACAACGUCCAUGUCCAAAAACAUUUCAGCACUUCAGCAUGUUUUUGUACACAUACAUGAUUUUUAUAUGUUCUUCUGUUACAACUGAAUCUGUUUUUCUUUUUUUUUACUGUACUUUUUUUCUCACAUUUAUUAUAGUCACCUACCUCAAUAAACAUCUCUC